AUGUCGACCGAAGCCAUUCCUGAAGAACCCAGCCCGAGUAGGCUGGAGGAGCUUCUCGCGGCUGCAAACCUGCAGUACUCGCUCAAGAACUACAAUGGGGCUGCCGACAUCUAUUCGGAAGCUGCCCAGGUACAGGAGCAAUUGAACGGCGAAAUGGCGCCCGAGAACGCCGACCUUCUUUUCCGCUACGGCCGUUGCCUCUAUAAAGUCGCCAUUGCGAAGAGCGAUGUGCUGGGAGGACGCGUCGCGAGCGAAGAAAAACCAGCAAAGAAGCAGAAGAACAAGCCGGCUGCAGCAUUGCCGAGCCAAGACGAAAAGCUGGCCGAGGAGGUUGUCGAGGCUGCUGUCGAAGAGAAGGACGGCGUAAAGUCCGAGAAGGAGCCCACCGUCGAGAGCAAGCCAUUUUUCCAGAUCGUCGGAGAUGAGAACUGGGAUACCGAAUCGGACGAGGAAGACGGUGGUGAAGAAGAAGGAGGUGAGGAAGACCCGGAAGAUGACCUUGCAACUGCCUACGAGAUCCUGGAUGUCGCGCGCGUCCUGCUGUCGCGUCAGCUUGAGGCGCUACAGAACUCGGUGAGGGAUACGUCGGACGGCGGAAAAGGCAAAGGAAAGGCUCCCGCAACAGAGCUUGACCCUGAGGAACGAAAGGUCAUGGAGAAGCUGGCGGAUACGCACGAUUUGCAGGCCGAGAUUGGUUUGGAAAACGAGAACUUUGUGGAUGCCGUGUCAGACUUCCGCGCUGCUCUCGCUCUAAAGGAAAAGUACCUAGCUAAGGAGUCUUCGCUGAUUGCGGAAGCUCACUACAAGCUCUCGCUUGCCCUCGAGUUUCAGUCCAUGACCAAGGUCCGCGAGGCUCAAGCUCAAGCUGAGGCGUCUGGUGGGAAGGUUAAUCCCGAAGAGGCCAAGGUCGAUGAAGAUAUGCGCGCAGAGGCCGCCAAAGAGAUGGAGAAAGCUAUCGAGUCUUGUCGCUUGCGUGUAAGCAAGGAGGAGGAAGCGCUUGCCUCCGUUGCCGCCGAUAAAGCCGAAGAAGCCAAAGCACAGAUUACCGACGUGAAAGAGAUGAUCGAAGACAUGGAGAACAGGCUCACUGAACUCCGUGGCCCUGCCAUCUCCCUCUCAGCCCCCAGCAACCCUGCAGGUGCCGACCCGUCUAAUCCUCUCUCAGGAAUUCUGGGCGAGCUGCUCGGUCAGGCACCAGCUGAGGAGCGGGCAGAGCAGAAGAAGAAGAUCGAGGGCGCAAGUGACAUUUCUGGACUCGUGAAGCGGAAGAAGCCUGCUGCCGCCAGCGGCUCUGCGGGAGGCGCUUCGAAGAACGACAAGGGCCCAGAGGCAGCCUCUUCGGCAGUCGGCACUAAACGGAAGUCCGAGGCACCCGAGGAUAGUGCUGUGGAGAAGAAGGCAAAGGUGGAGGACGCUUAG